AUGGCAAGUAAUAAGAAUGGAAGUGUACGAAAAAGUCGAAAAUUAGUUAUUGUUGGAGAUGGUAUGUGUGGUAAAACAUGCCUUUUAUUUGCAUUUAAAGAUGAUCGAUUUAUUCCAACUCAUGAUGCCACUAUUUUUGAUACAUAUGUUGCUGAUAUUCAAGUCGAUGGAAAAACUAUUGAUUUGGCUCUUUUCGAUACAGCUGGUCAAGAAGAUUUCGAUCGUCUUCGUCCACUUUCAUAUCCUGACACAAGUGUUUUAUUAAUAUGUUUUAGUGUUGAUAGUCCCGUAUCAGCAACAAGUGUCAUUGAAAAAUGGAUGCCUGAAGUACGACAUUUUUGUGGACAAUGCCCAGUGAUACUAGUAGCAUGUAAAAAAGAUUUAAGAACAGAUUCUCAAACAAUUGCAAAAUUAAAACAAGAUGGUGAAAAACCAGUAACAACUGAUGUUGGUAAACAGAUAGCUAUGCAAAUCAAAGCUGAUGCUUAUAUGGAAUGUUCAGCUAAAACUCGUGAAGGUGUACAAGAACUAUUUGUACAUGCUGCCCGUUUAUCACUUAAACGUGGAAAUAAAAAACGUCGCAUGGCAAGUAAUCGAAAUUCAUCUAUGCAAAAAAGUCGAAAAUUAGUUGUUGUUGGUGAUGGAAUGUCUGGUAAAACAUGUCUUUUAUUUGCAUUUAAGGACGAUGAAUUUAAUACGGAUCAUAUACCAACUGUUUUUGAUACAUAUGUUGCUGAGAUUGAAGUCGAUGGAAAUACCGUUGAUUUAGCUUUAUUUGAUACUGCUGGUCAAGAAGAUUUUGAUCGUCUUCGUCCACUUUCAUAUCCUGAUACAAACGUUAUAAUUAUGUGUUUUAGUGUUGAUAAUCCAGUAUCUGCGACAAGUAUUACUGAAAAAUGGAUUCCAGAAGUACGACAUUUCUGUGGUUCAUGUCCAAUAAUAUUGGUAGCUUGUAAAAUAGAUGUGAGAACAGAUCCUCAAGUUGUUGCAUCAAUGAAAGCAAAAGGUCAAAAACCGAUAACAACUGAAGCUGGAAAACAACUCGCGACACAGAUCAAAGUCGAUGCCUAUAUGGAAUCUUCAGCAAAAACUCGUGAAGGAGUACAUGAUUUAUUUAUUCUUGCAGCUCGCUUAUCAUUAAAAAAAAGUAAUCGAUAUAAAAAAAAUCGUAAAUGUAUUUUAAUUUAA